AUGACUGGGCCCUGGGAGAUUAAUUUUGGCGAAGACCAUAAUUCGUUCUUGGCCGCUUCCGUCGAUGAAAUUUCUGGACGCGCCAAGUUAGGCAAAUCAAAUAAAUCGCAGCACCAAAAGAACUCCCAUAUCUUUUCUGCCGUGAGUUUUUUGCGUAGAGCAGUGGAGUUUGCGCCAGGCGCACCAUCAAAUUUUGUGAGAGCACGGUCACAGACCAACUCUCCGCUACCAGAGAGACUUUUCUUCUCACACAGCCAGCAUCCAAUUCCGCUCACAACUCGGCCGCCUGGGGAGUUAUGGCAGAUUGUUCCGUACGGCAUACAAGUCUCCAUCUUUUGCCGUAUACGGGGAAAUACGACAACAGGGUCGACCAUGAUGCUCAAGCUUACAAUGAACCCGCGUAGAAGAUCCAAGAGGCAUCGAUCGAUCCCCCACCGACUGCGUUUGCCCACCAACCCCACAGCAAUGGAGACCGGUGAUGAUGAGGAAGAUCGGGAAAAGGACAUGCUGGCAGAAAAUAUCGGUGUGAUAAUUAAACAAGAGGGUGCAGCCAAAUACAGCUGCGUUGACUAUUUGAGUCUAACUGUUUGGCAACAAAGUGUGUAUCAGUUGAUGAAGAAAUCCAAGGCGGAUCCCAUAACCCACCAUGCUAACACAAUGAUCGAUGAAUACUGCCGCGAGCAAAUUGUUGAGUGGUCAUUUCGGGUCGUUGAUUACUUUCGCAUAGACCGUGAAGUGGUAGCGCUUUCAAUGUCCUUUUUGGAUCGAUUUCUGGCGACUUGCCGAUGCGAUCGGACCAGUUUCAAAUUGGCGGCAACAACAACAUUGCACUUGGCUGUUAAACUCUUGUAUCCAUGCAAACUAGCCGAUUUGGGUAUCUUGAGUGAUCUCAGCCGAGGCGAGUUCGACAUGCACGACGUGACCGAAAUGGAAAGCCAUAUCCUUCACGCACUUGAGUGGAACCUGCAUCCGCCUACAUCCGCGGCAUUCACCUCACUUUUCCUGGACUACUUUUUCGCCACCCGCGCAGUUCAUGUGUCGAACGCUGAUCUUGACGAUAUCUACGACGUAUCGUCCUUUUUUUGUGAGUUGGCUAUUUGUGAUUACUUCUUUGUUCCUACCCGAGCGAGCGCGAUUUCUCUUUCCGCUAUUCUGAACUCCCUGGAAGGUAUGUACGGUCCCGACAAUCGCCUAUCUCAUGCCAUAUUGGAAGCAGCUCUCGAGCUGCAGGUUUGCGGCAGCGGCCUUAUCGACUUAUCCGCCGCUCGCAACCGUCUAUGGGAGCUAUACGAGCGUAGCGAAGAAUGUGCAUUGCACAACGACAAGCCUGCGCAGGAAGAUAUUCGGCAACAUGGAAGCUGUACAUAUAUCAAGAAGCUCUCGGCAACGGCGUCGCCAGUAUCAGUCUCGAAACCGUGCCAUUCGUCCACCGACUUUUCACGUACGAGUCAUAGCUCGGCCCUACGUAACGAAAGCUGGUGAAUCUACGUACAGUGCGUGUCUAAAACGUACGCUUAGCCCAGAGCUUUGCUACUACCGCUUGAAUAUAUUUUCCCGGAAUGGGGACAACUCCGUCCGCAUAACCUAAUGUAUUCGAUGCUAUUUCUUC